GUCUAUAAAACCCGCUCCACUUCGGAGACCCGUUUACGCCUUCGCAUCAUUCUUUGACCCGAUCUCAGGGUUAUCUUCCACUAUCACAGCUUUCCCUCCCGAAUUUCCGCAGCAUGACUUCCCAAUCCUCUGACAUUGAGCAAUGGCGGCCCGAAUCCUCCACGAUUAAGGAUUCGGAGCUUGUCCUCAUGCCUAACCUUCUUGGAGAUCCGUUCAGAGUCCAUAAUCUGGACACCAUGGGCGGGAUCGAUCUUGCAUAUAAUCUAGAGCCAGAGCGCUUUCUGGUUAUGUACUAUGAUUUAGUCCUCCAUGGUUUCAGACUCCCAUUGCACUCCUUCAUCCGCGAGGUAUGCACGACUCUGGAGAUACCUCCUGGGCAAUUCACAGCCAAUGCCCAUAAAUACCUUGCUUCUUGCAUCCUUUGCUGCCACGACAAGGGAAGAACCCCCUCAGUCGAGGACUUCAUGACUUUGUUCAGCAUUGGUGGUUCCUUCCCUUACUUCAGUGUGUUCACUCACCAAAAGCACCCCAUUUUCACGAAAGUGUAGCUAAAAAUCACGCACUAGAAAAAAGGUUUUUUGCUAUAGAAUUUAUAAUACACAACCCUUUAGAUCUACCCUCUGUGGUGUUGCGGUCUAACCUUUCACGGACCCCAUUUUUCAAGGGUUCCCAGGUCGAUAAGGCCUAUGAGGAAAUUCAAGCGUCCUCCCAACUGAUUGAAAAGCACGCAGCCAUAUUCCAGAACAAGGAUGCACAGAUUGCCUUGCUGGGGUUGAUCU